AUGUCAUCUCGUGCCCUUAUUAUAGGAGCUACCGGGCUUUGUGGAUCCGCCUUUGUGAAGUACGUCGCCAAAGACCCUUCUUUCACGGAAAUCGCGACCAUUUCUCGCAAGGCACUUAAUGGAAAUUAUGAUGGUAAGGUUCGUUCACUGAUCCUGGAGGAUAGCAGUAAUUGGUCAGCAGCUGUUCCGGAAAACUAUGACAUUCUAUUCUCCGGACUUGCUACUACUAGGGGAGAGGCCGGGAAAGAGAAUUUUUAUAAAGUUGACCACGAUAUGAAUCUUCAACUAGCCAGAUCGGCAAAAGAGAAGGGUUACAGCACUUACGUGGUUGUAAGCUCCACAGGCGCCGAUGAAAACUCCAUGUUUUACUAUAUGAAAACCAAAGGAGAGCUUGAGCGCGACAUAUUAGCAUUGGGUUUUGAAAGAACAAUCAUACUUCGCCCCGGCCCCUUGCUCGGUGAACGCACGAAAUCAAAAGGUCUUUUAAAUGGGUUGAGCUCGAAGAUUGGAAGCAUUGUGUAUAGGACAAAGCUCCAAAGCGUGUUUGGUUGCCCCGUCUAUGGAGACGAAGUUGCGAAGGUGGGGGUCAAGUUAGCUCUUGAUACUUCAGAUACUGCUAAAAUCAAAAUUGUGGAGAGCGCAGAAAUCUUGCGGUUAGCAGGAGUGUAG